AGUCAUAGUCACGUGCUACACCAUUUGGCGGGGAAUACGCACGCCAUAAUCUGUCUUUCUUUGCUUUCAAGUUUUUGAUUCCGGCGUCGGAAAAAUUCCUUUUUUCUCAUCCAAAGAUGUCUGGCUCCCCUAAAGAGAACGAGCCCUUCGACGAAGCGGUCGAGGAGAGAAUUAUCAAUGAAGAGUACAAAAUAUGGAAGAAGAAUACGCCGUUCUUGUACGAUUUGGUCAUGACACACGCAUUAGAAUGGCCUAGCCUUACUGUACAGUGGCUUCCAGACGUCACAAAACCUGAAGGCAAAGAUUAUUCAGUCCAUCGUCUUAUUCUUGGGACACAUACGUCUGAUGAACAGAACCAUGUAGUAAUAGCCAGUGUACAGUUACCCAAUGAUGAUGCUCAGUUUGAUGCUAGUCAUUAUGACAGUGAAAAAGGAGAAUUUGGAGGUUUUGGUUCAGUUAGCGGAAAAAUUGAAAUAGAAAUAAGAAUAAACCAUGAAGGAGAAGUAAAUAGAGCUCGUUUCAUGCCUCAAAACCCUUGUAUCAUUGCAACAAAGACACCAACAGCAGACGUUCUUGUGUUUGACUACACAAAGCACCCAUCUAAACCAGAUCCUAAUGGCGAGUGUAAUCCUGACCUACGCCUCAAGGGACACACUAAAGAGGGUUAUGGUCUGUCAUGGAAUCCAAAUGUCAAUGGUCACUUGUUAAGUGCUUCAGAUGAUCAUACCAUCUGUUUGUGGGACAUCAGCAAAGUGACUAAGGAACAAAAGACUGUUGAUGCACAUCGUAUCUUCACUGGACACUCAGCUGUUGUCGAGGAUGUAUCUUGGCAUCUUCUACAUGAAAGCUUGUUUGGGUCAGUUGCUGAUGAUCAUAAAUUAAUGAUAUGGGACACUCGUCAGAACAGCAGUAACAAAGCCGCUCACACAGUGGACGCACACACAGCAGAAGUCAACUGUCUAUCAUUCAACCCUUAUAGUGAGUUUAUUCUUGCUACUGGUUCGGCUGACAAGACUGUUGCUUUGUGGGAUUUAAGAAAUCUGAAGCUGAAACUACACUCCUUYGAGUCGCACAAAGAUGAAAUAUUCCAGGUACAAUGGUCUCCACAUAAUGAAACCAUCCUUGCUUCAAGUGGGACAGACAGACGCCUUCAUGUAUGGGAUCUCAGUAAAAUAGGUGAAGAACAAUCAGCAGAAGAUAUGGAAGAUGGACCUCCAGAACUAUUGUUUAUCCAUGGCGGACACACUGCCAAGAUCUCUGACUUCUCCUGGAACCCCAAUGAACCUUGGGUACUGUGCAGCAUCUCUGAAGAUAACAUCAUGCAAGUCUGGCAAAUGGCUGAAAACAUCUACAACGACGAAGAAUUAGAGACACCAGCAUCAGAGCUUGAAGAACCAGCAUCCUAAGUUAUACCUCCAACCAUCAUCAUAACCUAUACUUCCACGAUCACAUGUAGAUAUCCUUGCUUUUCUGCCUCCCUCUCUCUCUCUCUCUCUGUCAUAUUGGUCCACUUUACCAAAGAAAGACUUUUAAUCCUCAAAAAGCCACUAUAAUUUUGUACAAUAUGUCAAACUAUCUUUCCCCUUAUUUAUCUUUCCCCUUAAAGUACACAAUUUGGUUCUUUUUCACUAGAGAAAAGCUUCUUAAAUUUAUUGGAAGAAAAGUGACUAUAAUUUUG